UGGUUCACAGUUUGCGUUGGGUCAGUGUAUCUACUUCAGUAAUUAUAGGUCUACGUUUUAAUUACACAAGCCAGAUCAGGAAACUAUCGUGCAAUCGCUGUUACACGGCGAUGACUGAUAUUCUAACAUUGUAUAUUAGCGUCCAUUGCAAAAAAUAAUUAACUUUAAAGUUAUAUCCUGAUCAGCCAACUCCUUUUUUAAUGUAUUUUUUAUGUCAGCUAAGUCAGUCUUGUUAGCUCCCAAGAUGCGAGACGAUUUGAAAAGUUAACUGCCUGUGAUAACAUGUAUUGUGAAACCUGUAUAACGGGUUGUCUGAAUGAAUAGCGAAUGACAUCAGCUACAUCUUGAGAUAUCGAUAUAACGUUAGACUUGUAGGCUACUAAAUUAAUCACAGCCAAAUCGUGGAAUUUAGCCUAGUUAGCCGCUCAGUCAUUUCGCUGAUAAAAACACAAAACACGUGUUAUCGGCAGUCUCUCUUCUUCCCUCCCCAUGUCUUCUCGCCGUGUACAAGUUUCCUGAGUCGGGCCUGCCUGCCAAAUUAUCCUCGCCUCGGGGCGGUGUAAAUCCCAGCCCCACUGCGGUUUGCUUUUCCCACAGAGAUAGGGAACGGGAAGCGAAUGACUGAGUCUCAAACUCCGGGGAAGUCCGGAGCAAGAUGGUACUCAUCACCGAGCCGUCGACGAGCUUUUUGACUCCACAAACUACGCCAGAAGAAGUCAAGUCGAUUAAAUUCGCCAAGAAAGACGUAAAAACGACACAGUCGAAUUCUGAUCCAGAGAAUGGCGGAGAGGAUCGAGCUAAGAGAAACGGAAAACCGGGUACCGACCCGCUGCCAGCGCCGGACACCGAAUCGGAUGCUCCGGAGGUUCGGAGGAAGCCGUCACUUAAGAGGUCAAAGGUUAUAGACCAGACGCCUCUGCUGCAAAAUCCCAGUGAUACUGAAGCCAAGGCGGAGGGGAAAAAGGCCCAGUCUAGCCAGUCCAAGACGAACGGCCAGUACCACAAGCUUUUCAAGGAGAUCAGCAAAGAGGAACUGCUGAAACAGAGUUACACGUGCGCCUUGCAGAAGGACAUGCUUUUUCACGGAAAGCUGUACGUCUCCGACAACUGGAUCUGUUUCCAUUCCAAAGUCUUCGGAAGGGGUAUAAAGAUUGUGAUUCCCGUGCUGUCUGUGACCCUGAUUAAAAAAACCAAAACAGCCAUUUUGGUGCCAAACGCUCUGGUGAUCGCCACAGCGGACGAGCGGCACGUGUUCGUGUCCUUCCUGUCCCGGGACACCACCUACAAGUUCCUGAAAUCCGUCUGCCCUCACCUGGAGGCGGAGAAGAUGGGACACGAUUCGAAGCCGUCCUCCACAGAGAGCAGCUUCAGAUCGGAACGGCCAGCGUCCCUGCAGCUGGACUUCUCAGCGAAUUUCUCGGACCUGGACGGGGUGGUGAGGAAGAGGAGGCAGAAGCUGUCGGAGAGCAGCAGCUCCGGGUCCCAAACCCCCGAUUACGAAAAACCUGCGGAGUUCCCGCCGCUCCCUCAGAAGUACGUCAAAGCGCCGAAGAAGGGCGAGGUGGCGGUGCACGCCGACGUUCACCUGCAGAAGGGCGCCGACCCCAAACACGGACCCCACCGCAACGGGCAUGUCAAACCGACGGCAGAGCCACAGAGGGGGACCCCCCCGCAGCCGGGGGCGCUGAACUCACUGCUGCUGCUGUACCUGCUGCUUGUGUGUGUCCUGGUCCUGUCCUCAUGUUACAUGGCCUUCAAGAUCAUGUCCCUGGAGGAGCGCCUCUCCGCACUGGGCUCCCUGGCAGAGUACCCCCUUAACGAAAAUGGUUUGCACUACAGAGACCAGCUGGACGUUGGCAAUGCAGAAAUAUACGGAGAACUGUCCACAAACCUGCUGAAGCUGGAGAAGGUGCAGAAGAACCUUCGGAAGCUUCUGGAGGAGACCUGAUGGAGGCUCCGGUACGGUCCGCCCGGGUGGCCCCGCCCACUCGGACCCGAGCCUGCACUUUAAACGCGAACGAGGGAGGAGAGGAGGAGGAGACGCCACACGGCACCGUUUCGAACCCGAGCGCUCUUGAUAACUGCCGUCUUCCACACCAGCCUCUAAGGACACUGCCCCCCCCCCCCCCCAACCCGCAAUGCUAACUCAGACACCGCGCUUUGCUUCAACAGUUGGAAGACCCGUGUGGGAGUGGAGGAAGAGGUACCUAAAAGGUAUUGGUCAGUUUGGAUAAAGCCACAAUAGCCUUAAUGAAAAUCAGGCCAACUAAUGGGAUAUGGAGCCCAGUGUAAAUUGACCGGCCAAUGGGAUUUAAACCAAUGUAAACUGGGUAGCCAAUUGGAUGAAACCUUACAUGAACUGGGCCCAGUGGGGAUGAAACAUAUUGUAAAUUGGGCAACCAGUAUUUAUUUAUUUUCUUCGCACCCAGCCUAUAGGUCGAUAUAAGGUGCAUCUCUGCUCAGUGAUUCGCGUUGAGUUCCAGCAUUUCAUUUAGUGAGCAAGUUUACAUACUGUUAUUGUUGUUGAACUGUCUUUGAACUCUUCUUAAAGCUAAAUGUAGAAAGAAGGUUGUUUCCAGUUUUCAGGGUAAUGUGUCUCUGGCUGUAUCCCCCCCCCCCCCCCCCCCCCCCCCAUGAGACGGGGGUUUUUUCUCUUCUCAAUCAAUUUGAGUCGCAUUUCGUCUGAACAGAGGGAGACGAACCAGCUCCUGAACUAUUUCUGUGGAACGCUGGGAUGUGGGAUCAACCCUGGCUUUAUUCAACGAGCAUGUCUCAGCACUUUUCCUUGCUUUACCUGCCGUUCCCAGGCUGUCUAAAUGCUCAUUUUUUUCCCACAAGUCUAUGCUGUGUCACUGCAAUAAAUCACAUACGUGACAGCUGCUCCUCCCGGC